AUGAGUACUAGCUUAAGGUUUUUAGCUGCUGUUCUUAUUCUUUUCCUUGUCUCUCAACAUGCUACAGGUCAACCCAUAAUGAGAAUCCCACUGAAAACAAAAACUUUGUGGAGUACGGACGAUGUGGCUUUAACAAAUGAUAAUGACAAUACUUACUUCGGGCAAAUUAUGGUAGGAACUCCGGGUCAGCCUUUCAACGUGCUGUUUGACACUGGGAGUUUCGACCUGUGGGUUCCUUCUUUAAAAUGGCCUAAACCGAGAAGCAAAAAGUAUAAUUCAAGCAAAUCAAGCACUUUCAAACGCGAUGGGAGGAAAGUAGAAAUCAGAUAUGGAGCAGGUUCUCUGAAGGGGUUCAUAAGCAACGAGACCGUCGAGGUCGGCGGGUUACGCAUCAAGCAGCAACCGUUCAUCGAGGCAACUGAAGCUCCAGGUAGACGGAUUUACGAAAGGCCGUGGGAUGGCAUAUUUGGACUUUCAGGCCUAUCGAAAUCGUCUAUUACAGGAACUCGUCCCAUCUGGAGAGCAAUGAUGGAGCAAGGGGUGGUUAAAAAGAAAGUGUUCUCGAUAUGGCUUCGACGGUACGGUGACUCUGGUAAAGAAGGUGGGGAAAUAGUCUUUGGAGGUACAGACCCAGCGCACUUCACGGGAGCUCAUACCUACGUUGCUGCUGAAGGGCCGCAUAACAUGUUCAAAAUAUCCUCCUUUUUUGUGGGCAAAAUUGACACGAAAGUUUGCUCCAAGGGAUGCAAUGCUAUUGUGGACUCGGGGAGUACAUACAUUCGUGGUCCAUCGGAUUUGAUCGAGAAGAUUAAUAAGCAAAUAGGAGUAGCAGCCGACUGCUCCAAUUAUGACAAGCUGACUGAAGUUAUAAGCUUCACAAUAGCCGCAAAAACUUUUACCCUCACACCACGUGAUUACAUGGAGAAACGGAAUGGAAAAUGCAAGAGUGUAUUCGCGGCUAGUACGACUGAUUUAUGGCAACUUGGCACGCCAUUCAUUCGAGCAUUUCAUACUGUUUGGGACCACCAGACUCCAGGAACUGUUAAACUUGGAUUCGCCAAGUCCAAAUAA